AUGCUCCGAAAUCCACCACAUAACUUACCCCCUGAUUUCAAUCAGAAUUUCGCCUCAUUCUCUCUGGGAGCCGGGCAAUCGAAUUAUGGACAAUUUCAAGAACAACGACCAGCCGGUACCUAUUCUACCAAUUUGAGUAUGAUGCCAUGGCAAACACCCGAAGAUUUGCAACAAACAUAUCAACAUGGCCAUCCAAUUGUUCGACAAUUUAACAAUAGUGUUAUUGACGAUUAUUACAAAAAAUUCUUGAGACCAAUUACAGACUAUGUCGCAAUACCAACAAAUGGUCAACCCACAUAUGUUUAUCAAAAUUUGACCACGAAUGGACAACUAACGAGCGUGCAGCAAACAGCAGAUCAAUCGAACGGAUAUCAAAAUCCUGUUAGUCAGCUCGUCCAAGCACAAAAACCGACGGAUUAUGUAGAGGAAAAGAAACACAAGAAAAAGCAUAAGAAAAAAUCAUCAUCCAAAUUAAAUGGAGAAUUGAAGACAGAAGAAACAAGCAACAAUACGUUGUCAAUCGCUGAUCAAAAACAAGAAACAACAGAUCAAGAUAAACAAUCUGAAACAUUAACGGUAAAGAACGCAUCAGAUACUCAUCAUACCGACCGUAGUUCGAGCAAAAAGAAAAGUAGCAGCUCAAAAUCGCAUAAAAGAUCAUCAUCCGGCCCCAUUCCGCAGCAUACAUCGUCAGCAGCGAAUCCUAUUCAGACACAACACAGCCAGCCACAGCAGGUUGAGUAUCAACAACAAGUACCACCAGCACAACAAUUUCGCUAUCAACCACCUAUUGAUCCUUUCCAAAAAAUGAGACAUAUUGUCCAACCAACAGCACCUCCGACAGUGAACUAUGGACCAAGUCAAGCCAGUUUACCAAUGAAAAACGAAAUGAAUCCUGUUGUCUAUUUUGAAAUUGAAAUUGAUGAUGAUCCACGAGGCCGUCUUGUUAUGGAACUAUUUCAACAUGCUCUACCACGUACAGCACAAAAUUUUCUAGCACUGACAACAAAUCAGCUGGGUUAUGGAUACCGUUUGUCUUAUUUUCAUCGUAUAAUACCAGGUUUUAUGGCCCAGGCGGGUGAUUUUGAACGUUCGGAUGGUACAGGUGGUUAUUCCAUAUAUGGCGAUAAAUUUGAAGACGAAGGCUUUAUGUUUCGACAUGAUCGUCCUGGUCUCUUGUCAAUGGCGAAUAGUGGUCCGCAUACGAAUGGUUCACAGUUUUUCGUUACAUUUGUCCCCUGUCCUCAUUUGGAUAAUAAACAUGUUGUGUUUGGACAAUUAAUACAAGGGUUUCAUUUGUUAAAAGAUUUGGAGAUGAGCGGUUCGGACGGCGGCGAAGUUACAAGAGAAGUGAAAAUAGCUGAUAGUGGUCGGUUGCAAUGA